GAGUCUCUUCGCAUGAUAGGUUCCAAUGGUUAGAACCGAUUGAUUGUGAAACUAUGCGCCGAAAGAGGAGUUAGCCAGAUUCUUGUUCAGUUAACGAUUUAGACAACAGCAAGAUUUCUGUCUCAGAUUUAGUUGAAAUUUGCUGCCACUUUGUCAGUCGUUUAGUACAAUGGAGAUGAUAACAUAUUUAAAGAGGCGCUUCUCUUCGGGCGACUUACAAGGUGAAGCGGCUGACAAGAGGGAGCAUGAGGGUCUGCCAGGGUUUCUGCGUUUUGGGAAUACGGCCCAAACUCCGGCUGCACCAGCAAAUCCAUCUCAUCAACCAAGUUCGGUCCACUCGCAGCAGUAUCCCCAGAGAUGGCAAGAUAGUCACGUAGGUAAUUUACAACAACAGCGAGGAGCUGAACCUAUGCUGACUGGACAAUAUGCAUCAGAUAGCAGUCACACUUCAACUGUAGAGGCUAAGAAGGAGGCUAGAGUUAUGUUUCGCGGGAAACAUGAUCAGUAUCCUAGUGCACCCGCUUCACCCAGUAGAGGUCAUGGAAUGUCUGCUUCUUUUAUGGGACCUGUGAGUAACAUUACGGGACAAAUCUCGAACACAAUUAUGGGAGGAUUUUCUCACAUUACCUCUAACCCCUCCGGUCCGACAACAAGCAAAACUAGCACCAACAAAGAACGACAGAAGGUGCUUUUGGUGAUUGACGACUCUCAGACAGAUUGGACGAAAUACUUUCGUGGACGGAGAAUUCUUGGAGAUUGGGACGUUCGUGUAGAACAGGCGGAAUUCUCCCAGAUAGGCAUGACGGCCUACGGGGAUCUCGGGUGCGUUAUCAAUACGUAUCAGGGAACGGAUCGAGGGAAACCUUACAGAUCAUUCAAACCGGACUUCGUGCUUAUUCGACAGCACGUUCGUGAGACCAACGAGGACUGGCAACCAAUUUUAACGGGGCUGAUGUACGCGGGUACUCCCUGUUUGAAUACGCUACAUGCCGUUUACAACAUGAAGAACAGACCAUGGAUGUUUGCUCAUCUCCUGCUGCUACGUAAGCGGUUAGGCAAGGAGAUAUUUCCUUUGAUUUCCCAAGUAUACUACACGAGCUAUAAGGAAAUGAUCACGGCUCCAGCCUUUCCAACAAUUAUCAAAGUUGGUCAUGGACACGGAGGUGAAGGAAAGAUACGGGUUGAUAAUCCUAUAUCGUACCAAGAUGUCACAAGUCUACUAAUUGCGGGCAAAAUGUACGCAACAACGGAACCUUUCAUCGAUGCCAUGUGUGAUGUUCAUGUGCAAAAAAUUGGCUCAAAAUACAGGGUCUUUGUUCGCAAGUCCAUUUCUGGUCACUGGAAAACUAACGCAGGAUCAGCCAUACUCGAAAAGGUUCCCUUGUCCGACAUGUUUAGACAAUGGGUUGACGAAGUGUCUCGCAUGUUUGGUGGACUGGACAUUUGCUCCGUGGAGGCGCUUCAAAGCAAGAAUGGAGAGUAUUUCAUUUACGAGGUGAACGGAUCGGAUAUGGUUUUAUUCGGUGACAGUCAGGAGGAGGAUCGUCGAGAAAUCGCCGAAUUAGUGUUGCAACGAAUGCAGACUGCUUGUUUGCAGGGCACAGUUACGCAAAUGAACAAGCAACCUGUCGAGUCUGUACGUUCUUCAGCUGGAUCCGUGGCGCCGGUUUCAGUGCACAGUCAAAUGCCUUCAAUUGAUCGUAUCAGCCCAAAUUACACCGCAACUAACCAGUCUCCAGUAAUGCGACCACCGAGGCAGUCAAUGCAGCCAUCUCCACCGCAACAGUACCCAAUACCUCCAACGCAAUAUCAACCACAUUCAUCUUAUUCAAGCCAGCAAUCUUCUUACGUCCAGCCACUAAACGCGCCAGCUUCGUCGCAUCCCCAGUAUUCCCCGCACCCUGCCCAGCCUCCCCUGAAUCAGGCCUCUUUAUCAUCAUCCGCAUCACUGAAGCAACAAUCACUUCAGCAAGUGUCAACAUAUGAGGAGCCUCCGUAUGAUCCUGGAACAUCGCUACCUACCUCGCCUGGAGAAAAGUGGGAUGGGCAAACGCCUGUCAGCAGCAUCCGCUCUUCUGUUGACUCCGUCGCAGCAACAAAAGGUAACUUUGGUAUCCCCAAGCAAGAGGGUUUUCUCCCAAGUGGCUAUAACACUUCAACAGCGUCAACGGCAGGGGAGCCGCGGAUAACCACAACUCAGUCCAAGUUCGGUAACUCAUUUCCAACUCGGCAGUCGCCAUUCUCACAAACGAAUGCAUCUGACUCUUGUGGACCGGCGUGGAACCAAUCUGGUUAUGCGGGUUCAAGUAUUGGGAGUUUUGAUGGGGAAUCAGGGAGCCACAUGGAGAAGUACGGGAGGGGAACGGGACAUUCCUUGGAAACAAACGGAUAUUUUGAUCGCCCAAAUGAUGAAGUUGUUACUGGAGCUAAUGAAAGCGGAUUGGCUCAGAGUAGUGGAACUAAUUUGCUACAGGGUCAAGCAACUCAAACGAGCAGAGCUGGUAAUCCGGGGAUUACUGCACUGAGUGGCCAGUCAAAUGCACCUCCGAAACAGGCCUCUCUUCAUUCAGGGGAGGACACGGAUGACACGAUGAAAAAUCUGCGCAAGACAUUUGCAGGAAUAUUUGGGGAUAUGUGA